CGCGCGAGGACGUCACUGCAAGGCGCCGGGGGACACGUUGGCUGCGUUUUCGGCGGGCUUCUCGGGGACAAAAAUGGCUAUGGCUAGCGAUUUCUACCUGCGCUACUACGUAGGGCACAAGGGCAAGUUUGGGCACGAGUUUCUGGAGUUCGAAUUUCGGCCGGACGGAAAGCUUAGAUAUGCCAACAACAGCAAUUACAAAAAUGAUGUCAUGAUCAGAAAAGAGGCUUAUGUGCACAAGAGUGUAAUGGAAGAACUGAAGAGAAUUAUUGAUGACAGUGAAAUUACAAAAGAAGAUGAUGCUUUGUGGCCUCCCCCUGAUAGGGUUGGCCGACAGGAGCUUGAAAUUGUAAUUGGAGAUGAGCACAUAUCUUUUACCACAUCAAAAAUAGGUUCUCUUAUUGAUGUAAAUCAGUCAAAGGAUCCUGAAGGCCUUCGAGUAUUUUACUAUUUGGUACAAGACUUGAAAUGUUUAGUUUUCAGUCUUAUUGGAUUACACUUCAAGAUUAAACCAAUUUAAAUUGUAUGCAUUCAAGCUGUUUGUAUAUUUAAUUAAGGGAUGGGAGGGGUUGUCAUUUACAAUAUUGGGGUUUUUAUGAAUGUGAAGCAAACAAAAAAAAUUUGUAUGUAAACUGAAAAUAAGAAAAUACGUUAGCAAGCUUAAUGGUUAUCCUUACUUGAGUCCUCAUGGGUUGGACAGUACCCACACACAUUAAAUUCUGUAAAUAAAAGCCACCUUUUGUUAAAAAUUUGCUCUAAUAAAACAUACCAAAUCCUGGUUGCAGAGUAGUUUUUUGUUUUUCCCAGGAGGCUAUGUCUCUAAUUCACUUUAGAGAUAAUAAGAAAUUGUUCUGGUAGAUAUAUCCUGUGACAGAAGAUGCUUUAGGUGGAAAUAUGUAGCCAGUUCCCACCCAUGAAAGGCAAGUGUAGAUCUUCCCUUAUUUCCUUCAUACAUGAUUGGAUUUAAUUUUGGGGGCUUACACAAGUUCUAGUUUUUUUUUACAGUUAUCAAACCCCUCAGGGAUUAUUCACAUUUAAAUAUUUUCGGUUAUAAGCGGUGAGGUCCUAAAGUGUUACAAGAGUAAAGUCUACCCCAUGUUAGGCAUAUCUUUGAUUAUGUCCUUGUUCCUUAUUUCACAAUGUAUUUGGUGUGUAGGGGAGGGGGGAGAACUAAAUGCGUUUUCAGCUUUAUAAAUUAUUAAACAUUUAGACAAAUGUAUGUAUGAAUGUACAUAAAUAUGUUUAACUCCUAUUGACCAUGGGUGUCACUUAAGUUUCCCAGUUCCUUUCAACCUCUUUCUGACAGAUUUCCUCUUUCAUUACUUUUAGUAACCAUGUCCCUUGUUUCCUUUUAUUCUCCCAUCUGAACCCCCACUCUUAAAAAGUUGUGCUGUUCCAGUAGUUACAAUCCACUUGCCCUAGGAACAAGUUAGCACUGAAUUUUGGGUGGAAUAAUUAGUUUCUGAAGGCUUGCCAGGACUUCUGAGCAGCUGGGCUCUAGAGUUGGGCUGUCCAAUAACUUUUUUGCAAUAACGGAAAUGUUCUAUGUUCAGUCCAAUAGGGUAGCCACUGGCCAAAUGAGGCCUAGUGAUUACUUGAGGUGUGCCUCGUAUAACUGAAUUUAUGGUGCUAUUUAAACAAUUUUUUCCUAAUGUGAAAAGGAUAAAACAUACAAAACUCUUGAGAACUAUAAAGUGAACACCUAUAUGCCAACCUAGAUUCUAUACUUAACAUCUUUUUUACUGUAAUAUCUCUAUUAUAAUAAAUCUUGGUUUUUCACUUAAAUGGUGUAAUUGGUGCCAGUAAACUAUGUUUUUUUGUAGUGCUAUUUAAUUUUGAUUAAAUUUAGAUAGCCAGAUGUGUCUAGUGGCUACCCUUUGGACAGUAUAGCUCUAGAGCAUGGCUUGGUAACCUGUUUGCCACGGAGCACUAGAUGGUCCUUUUCACUGUUCAAAAUACAUGCCCAUUGUCUUCAGGUUUGCCAUGGAAAGUCAGAUGAUUUCCACUUCAUUAUGCAAGUACACUAUCAUCUUCAGGUCUUUUGUAUGUAAAAUGUUUCUGUUCCAGUUGUAGACCUUGAUGAUUGUGCAGUACGAAAUCGUAUUAUAAUUUUCUUGCAUUUAGAUGUCAACCUCAGGCAGAAACAGGAACAAUUGCCUUUUGAACUUCCAGUGGGCCCACAGUUUUUGGUUGUUCCUCAAAAUAACCAUUCUGUGGCUCCUGUUGAAUAAGAUGAUCCGUUAAAAACUGAACAAGGUUGAGGAGAAAUAGUGCUUACGUUGAAAAAUCUUUAAGUCUGUCCCCAUUCUCCAACUUCCGUAUGUUUUGGUUAUUUAGCUCUGUCCCCACUAUCUACUAGAAUUUCUUGUAUUUAAACCAAGAUGGGAGACUAGGUCUUUAGGAAAAUAUUAUCGUCUACCAUUUUCUUGUACUUUGAUCUGUCUUUUAUUUGAUUGUAAGCUGCUGAUGGACAGUCAUCAUUAGAAACUGAAUUUUGUAUAGUACUAGUUUUUUAUGAAACUAGACUUUUAUUGCACUCAGGUUAUGUUCCUUUUACCUCCUUCCUUAAUAAAGAGACCACUUGAAA